AUGUCCCGAAUCAGUCCGAAUCAGUUUCUGCUAUCAUCUAGCCUGAUCGGUCUCGUCGCGGUAUUGACUGGUGGCGCACAAGGUGUCGGCCAAAGUCUCGUAGAACAGCUUCACUCCGCCGGCGCAAAAAUCAUCUUCGGAGACGUCGACGACAAGCUCUCCACAAACCUCGUCUCGGCCCUAAAUCAAAAUGACACUGAAGAAACGAAAAGAGUUCAUUUCGUUCACUGCGACACCUCAAACUACACUGACCAAUUAAGGCUCUUCCAAACCGCGUACAAACUCUACAGCAGAAUUGACAUCGUAAUCGCCAACGCCGGAAUCGCAAUUCACAGAGACCCAUUCGCACCCACCCUAGAUUCAGAAGAGAGCAUCCUCAUAGCCCCAAACACAGCAGAGAUUGACGUGAAUCUUAAGGGACCGUUGUAUACGACUCGAUUGGGCCUGCACUAUCUACGAAAGAAUGAUCCUUCCCGUACAAAUGGAUAUAAAGGGGAUAUAGUGCUUGUGUCGAGUAUAGCCGGAUUCAAGGAAUGCGAGGGUCUCACGACGUAUACAGCUAGUAAACACGGUGUUAUUGGGUUGAUGAGAGGGUUGGCGUUGCAGGGGGAGAAGGAAGGGAUUAGGAUUAAUACUAUUUGUCCGUGGAUGACUAAAACGAGACUGGUCACUGGCAUCGAACAAGGAUGGUACAAUCUCGGUCUCCCAGCCAAUGAACCCGAAGACGUUGCGCGAGCAAUCCUCAUUUGCGCAACGGCGAAUCGAUCCAAAAGCCAACGCCAUGAAGGCGCUGUGCUGCCCUUUUCUGGUAAGAUUGUCUGGGUGGGUGGAGGGAAAAGUUAUGAGAUUGAGGAUAGGAUCCGGGCUUUGGAGCCUGAGUGGCUUGGUCGAGAGAAUAGUGAGGUCUUGAAGAAGGGGCAGGAGUAUCUUCAUUCUGGGAAGACGAGUUGGGAUGCUUCGUCUUGA